AUGACACGAACCUCCAAUCCAGUGUACGUGACAAAAGACACCGCGCGUAAAAUCGUCGACAAGUACGACAAUUUUCUAUUUGACUGCGACGGCGUGGUAUGGCUCGACGAAGACCUAAUACCAGGAGCUUCAUCCCUCCUCGAGUACCUCACAGCCCACCGCAAGAAACACGUUGCGUUUGUCACCAACAACUCGUCGAAAUCGCGGUGCGAGUACCUCGCGAAAUUCCAGCGGCUCGCGAUCGAGAACGUCACCUUGGACAUGAUCUACCCCACGUGUUAUUCCGCCGCGUUGGAAAUCCGAGACGUGUUGCACAUCCCGCCCAAGUCCAAGAUCUGGGUCUUGGGCGACCACGGCAUCGAGCAAGAGUUAGCCAACCUCGGAUACGUGGUAAUGGGGGGCACCGACACCCAGCUAGAUGACGAGUUUGACGCCAAGUCGGCCCUAUUGCGCGUUGACCCCGACGUUCGCGCCGUGGUGGUGGGAUCAACGAAGCUGCUCAACUAUAUGCGCAUCGCCGCCACGCUCCAGUAUUUGCUCUACAAAAACAAGCUGAUUCCGUUCAUCGGCACCAAUAUCGACAAGACUUACCCUGGCGCGGACGGGUUGGUGUUGCCCGCCGGUGGAAGCGUCGUUUCCUUCAUGGCCGACACCGCCCAGCGCGACUUUAUCAGUGUCGGCAAGCCCAGCCGCAGGUUCUUGGAUCUCAUCUUGCGCGAUCGCGGUUUUGACCGGGACAGGACGUUGAUGGUUGGCGAUACGUUGUAUACUGAUGUCAAGUUUGCCAAUGACGGCGACUUGGGGGGUGGACAGGGGUCCUUGUUGGUUUUGUCGGGCGGGACAACACGGGACGACUUGGAGGCUGUGGUUGGGCUCGAGCGCGAUGAGUCCUUGACGCCGCUGUACUAUACGGAAUCCUUGGGACAUUUGAUGGACUUGCUUAGAGAUUAG